AUGACCGAGACAGAGCAGCGUUACAGCCAGACAGAAAAGGAAGCGUUGGAAACAACAUGGGCCAUCCAACGGUUUGACGAAUUCGUCCGCGGCAUCACCUUUGAUGUUGAGACAGAUCACCUACCACUCGUUUCUCUCUUCGGCAAGAUGGAGCUGGACAUAAUGCCGCCUCGGAUACAGAGGCUCAGGUUAAAGACCAUGCGAUACCAGUUCCGAAUGCUCCACGUGCCAGGAAAGCUGUUAGCUACGGCAGAUACCUUGUCACGCAUCACCCAAAAGGCGUCCCUCCCCCUGGACACCGUGGAAUUAUUUGUAGCUCAAGUGGUCAGUGGCAUGUCAGAAGCCUUGCCACUAAUCCCAGAGGACGUGCGACAAGCACAAGAGUCCGAUGGCGAAUGCAGAGCCCUCACCUCCUUCUGCCAGAAUGGUUGGCCACAGAAGUCCAAACUGCCACUGCACCUCUCCCAGUAUGCCUCAGCAGCAGACGAGCUCUCUGUCUGCGACGGUGUUCUACUGAAAGGCGCCAGGAUGGUCAUCCCGCAUUCUCUUCGGCCGGCUGUUUUGACGCUGUUGCACGAAGGACACCAAGGCAUCAACAGGACAAAAGCUCUCGCUCGAGAGUCCAUUUGGUGGCUUGGCAUUUCGGCAGACAUUACCUCUCUGGCAACUAACUGCGAGCAAUGUGCUUCCACUCGGGUGAACCUAGCAGAUGCCCUGGUCUCCACGGUCCUACCUGAACGUCCCUGGGAACUUGUCGGCAUGAACCUGUUCCGCCUCCGCAGCCAGACAUUCAUCUUGGUGGUGGACUACCACUCCAGGUACCCUGAAGUUGUAACCUUGAGUAGCACAACGGCUCAGGCAGUCAUUGACGUUCUCAAAAGCAUCUUUGCCCGGCAUGCGAUUCCGCGAGAGGUCAGAUCAGACAACGGUCCACCGUUCUCUUCACGCGAGUUUGCAGCAUUGGCGGCAUCUCACGGCUUUGACCACGUCACCAGCAGCCCGCACUAUGCGCAAUCGAACGGUGAGGCGGAGAGAAUGGUCAGGACCAUCAAGGAGUUGUUUCGCAAAGCAACAGACCCUCAUCUGGCCUUGCUCAGCUACCGGGACACCACAGGAGUCGAUAGCUUCAGCCCAGUCCUGCUAUUGAUUGACCUCCAACCUUGCUAUUGA